AUUGUAAAAAACUCUCUGUACCUAAACUUUAUUGACUGACUGUAUAUGCAUUAAAAAUUUAAAUUAUUUGAGUACUAUACAGGAUUUUUAUUAUAUACCUCGGCGUGGUAAAAAAUCUCCAAGUGGUCGACUGUUUACCAAGUAUACUAAUACAAAGUACCGAAAAAGAAAAUUAGAUGAAACGCAAAGUCUUGAAAUAGCUUCUCAAAGAGAAAGAUCCCCGGAACUUCCAGAAAAUAUAACAAAUUUAAAAUCCGAACUUUACUGGCCGCUUGCUGCUUGGGAUACCGUUUGCGAUAGAUGGUCUCGCACAUAUCAGUUGCGUCAAAAGGAUUUGGAGAAAUUCGAUAACUAUGCGUUCUUGGCAGAGUGGCCCCUUCUGAAAGAUGCACGGGCACCAGACUUGAUCAACAUAGAUUUUGAAAUUAAACAUCCGGGCAAACAAAAUAAGCUAAAAGAAAAGUGGGAAUCUUUCAAAGAUGUCUUGACAAGAUAUUACUAUACAAAAUCUAUCAAUCCCCUUUCUAAAGAAUUACUAAAAGAAGCAGAAGAGUCUGGAAAUAUUGGUAGGUAUAUAAAUUCAUAUCUAUGUGCACUUCAGAGUAAAACAAUUCAAAAGUCUAAUUAUUUUUCUUCUUUUUCAUCAGAUCAACAAAAUUAUGUCUUGCUACAGCUAUUAAACUCUGUGAUUCCAUUAAAAGGUUUUGGUGGUAAAUCUUUUUCAAUACUGGAUGCGAACCAAUUCUUUGUCGUUCCAAUAGCUAACAUCAGCAAUAUCUAUGUAAAAAUCGAAGAGUUAGAAGCGAAAUGCUUAAGCCUCAAGACAUCUUUGCAGCCGUUGAUCAUAGCCUAAGGGUUCGACAGUGAGAAACGUUUUUAUGUUUACUUUGACAAAGUGUUUUUAAAGUUUGAAUCAUUUCUUAGCGCUUUUGAUUGUACGUUCAAGCUUUUCCAAAGUCUUAAUUUAAAAUAUCCAGAUCCUUGCGUUUUGGCUUGGACAUUUGUACAAAUAUUUAUUUAUGAUAUAAUUACUCCUAAUGACGCCCGAUCAGCGUCUCUAAGCUUACUUUUGAACUACUUUUCUGAUAAGCUUUAAAUAUAGAAAAUGUUUUUGUGUUUUAAGUGUGACAAUACUUUUGUCACGACAGAUUUGUAUAUAACACAUCUCAAAAACGUUCAUAUUCUUAAUAACGCGGAUGCAAAAACAUGCGUCCAAAACAAGUGUAAUAAGUUAUUCUCUCGGUUUGCUACAUUUAAGCGUCAUCUGGAAAGUCAUGAUAUUAAUAGUUUAAUCCCAAAACGCUCAAAAGUAAAUAACAUUUUGCAAAACGAAAAAAACGUAAACAUUGAUUAGGGGCAUAGACAUAGAAUAUGUGAGACAGUUUAUGCUCCAAACUCUGAAGAAAGUAGCUUUUGCAUAGACAUAAAAGACGCAUUACUUGAAUUUUCAACUACUUUGUAUGCAAAAAAUAGUAUUUCCAGAAAAGACGCAGCUUUUGUAUUGCAAAAGCUAUUAGCAAUUCUUAAAAUUAUUUAUAAUUGUUUAACUAAUAUUAGCAGUGUACAACCUGAACUAAUGUCAUUAUUGAACUGCUUGGAUAGCGCUUUUAAAGACAUUGAAACUGAGUCUAAGUUAGUAAAAAAUUUAGAAAAAAAAUUUCUUUUUAAACAUUCACAUGAAAUUGUGAUAAACAAUGAAAUAACUGAACAAAUCAUUCGAGGAAAUCCCACCUUGCAUGCUAAAGAAAGAAAAGUGUAUGUCAUGCCACUUUUAUUUCAGUUGAGGAGGUUUUUUGAGCUUCCUAAUGUAUUAACUACAAGAAACCGAAGCAAAUACAAUCUCUUUGUUAGAAAACACAAAAAUUUCGAAUGUGAUUAAUGGUGAAACUAUGCAGAAAACUUUAACCAACAAACAAAAUUUCGACAUAAUUAUACCUUUUAAUGUUUACUUCGACGAUUUUCAAAUAAAUAACCCUCUAGGAACCCACCCAUAUUCUAUUUGUGCUUGUUACUACAGUUUUCCAACAAUUCCUCAAUUUCUACAGUCAAAGUUAAAUUUUAUUUUUCCUGCUGGAUUUUUUUCGUCGAAAUUUUUUAAAUCUUAUGGCUACGAAAUUUGUUUAAGAAAUUUAGUUGAACAGUUCAAAAUUCUAGAAGCUGGUAUUGUUAUUAAUUCAAAGAAGGUUUCAUUUGUCUUAGGCUUAGUAGUCGGUGAUAAUCUUGCUGUCAAUUCUGUCUUGGGUUAUGGUACAAUCCUUUAGCUCAAAUAGAUUUUUGUAGAUGUUGUAGGCAGACUAAACAUGAAACCAAGAAAAGUAAAAUAGAAAGGAAAGGAAUAUACGCACUGUCGAUAAUUAUGAUCGAGAUUGUAAAGAAAUUAGUAUUUUGACUGGCAUAAAAUCAAAAUGUAUGUUAAUUCGCUGCAAUCCUUUCAUUUCGUUGAAAAUAUUUCUUUCGACAUAAUGCACGACUUGUUUGAGGGCGUCUGUUCAUACGAUAUAUGCCAAGUUCUGUUGUCCCUAAUCAAAGAAAAGGUAUUAACCCUAGAAACAAUCAAUUCCAAAAAACGACUUUUCCCUUAUGGAGAAAUGGAAUUAUCCAAUAUGUCAGCUAAUAUCACAAUCGGAUGUCUUCAAAAAAAUAAAUUAAAAAUGACGGCCAGUGAAAUGAUUUGCUUCGCCACGUAUUUACCACUAAUGAUUGGUGAUCUCAUUCCACCAGGAAAUAGAUUUUGGGAUCUCGUCAUUGUGCUGUCAAAAACAGUUGAUCUCUUAUUAGUUGAUCAGUUUGAAGAAGAAGACAUACACACUUUGACCACCUUAAUAGAAAGCCAUCAUACAAUAUAUAUUGAUUUGUACGGGGACUUAAAACCUAAGCAUCAUUUUAUGGUGCAUUAUCCAAGAGCUAUUAGACAAUGUGGCCCGUUGAAAUUUAUGUGGGCAAUGCGUUAUGAGGCUAAGCAUAAGGAAAUGAAAAUAUAUACUCACUCUAUUACGUCGCGCCUAAAUAUAGAAAAAACAAUUUCUAUUAAAAGUGCAUAUAAAUUUGCGUCAUGUCUAGUUCAGCAUUCUAAGGGUUUACCCAAACCUUUUGAUCCAGACGAGUUCAAAAUAACGGAUAUAACUAACCAUUAUCUGCAUCGAAUUUUAGCCCAUGUUUUAUAUAACCUUAAUUUAAAAACCGUGUUAUUGGCUCAUACUAUAGUUUAUAAAAAUACGAAAUACAAACAAAAAAACUACUUAGGAAUCUUAGAAAAACAUGUUAUUACCUUUUUUAAAAUAAUUUUUUUCAUACUGUGCGAAAAUGAAGUUUUAGUCAUAUGUAGUAAACUGAGAGAGAGCUCGUUCGAUGAACAUUUUGUAUCUUACGAAUUAAAACAUAUAAAAGAAGAUACAUUGGAGGUGUUUAAUAUAAAUAAAUUCACUUCAAAACCAAUGGAAAUUUUUUACAUUAACAAUGGAAAAUCUUAUCUUAAAUAUAAACCUAUUUAAUUUGUGUUAAUUGUUUAGUAUUUAAUGUUAAAUGCAUA